GAGUUUAUUUCUACGUGUGCCUUAACCUCCCUAAAACCCCUCUUCCUCUUUCUCUGCUGCCGCUGCUGCACCACUUUGUGGUCUUCCCUCCAUCUCUGAGUCUCACCCUUCCUUCCAUCUCAGUCAUCAUCUUGCUCGCAAGAAAACGAAUCAUCUAGUCCAAGGUCGGAUUGGGUUUAUUGAAAAACCUACCAACCGUCGUACAAGCCUAGAGAAAUAAGUGCGUGCAUGAAUUAGGCACCAGUUAUUCGCUGCAUAAAGUGAGAGAAAGAGGGAAGUGAUAAAGGAAUGGAGAUAAAUUUGGGGCAAUUGGCGUUUGACAUUGAUUUUCAUCCAUCACAGCAGUUGGUGACUACAGGUCUUAUCAACGGAGAACUUCAUUUGUACCGAUACACGUCUGAUUCCAUACCAGAAAGGGUGUUGCAAGUUCAAGCACACAGUGAAUCUUGCAGAGCUGCUCGGUUCAUCAACAAUGGCCAUGCCAUUUUGACGGGGUCUCCCGACUGCUCAAUUCUUGCAACCGAUGUGGAAACUGGUGCUGCUGUUGCUCGCCUCGAAGAUGCUCAUGGGUGUGCAGUCAAUAAGCUUAUCAACUUGACGGAGUCUACGGUUGCCUCUGGAGAUGACGAAGGCUGUAUUAAGGUGUGGGAUACCAGACAACAAUCUUGCUGCAAUUCUUUCAAAGUUCAUGAAGAGUACAUUUCUGAUAUGACUUUUGCAGCUGAUUCCAUGAAACUCCUGGGAACUAGUGGAGAUGGGACUCUUUCUGUUUGCAAUCUUCGAAGAAAUAAAGUCCAAGCUCAAUCUGAAUUUUCAGAAGAGGAGCUACUGUCUGUGGUUAUCAUGAAGAAUGGUCGGAAAGUUGUUUGCAGCUCACACAUUGGGAAUCUAUUAUUGUAUUCAUGGGGUUGUUUCAAUGAUUGCAGUGAUCGGUUUGUUGAUCUCUCUCCCAAUUCUGUUGAUGUUUUGCUGAAGCUUGAUGAAGAUAGGUUGAUCACUGGAUCUGAGACUGGACUUAUCAGCCUAGUAGGUAUAUUACCCAACAGAGUCAUACAACCAAUUGCGGAGCACUCAGAAUAUCCUGUUGAGGGUCUUGCCUUUUCCCAUGAUAAAAAGUUUCUGGGCAGUAUAGCACAUGAUCAGAUGUUGAAGCUAUGGGAUAUGGAUGACUUAUUGCAAGGUUCCACAAAGACUUUAAAGCAUCAAGCAGCUGUGGAAGACAGUGAUAGUGAUGAGAUGGAUAUGGAUAAUAAUCCUCCAAAGUCUAAGAAAGGGACAAAGAGGAAAAAUGCAAGCAAAGAUCACGUUUCGGGCAGUUCAAACAAUUUUUUUGCUGAUUUACAGAUGGAUGGUUGAAUGCGAUGUGUUCAACUUUGGUACAACAUUUUCGUCCACAAACAAGUGCCUAAUGCUAUACCUGUUAAUCAUCAUUCUCGUGCUUUAGGGGAUUGUAGAAUUUCAGUUUUGGUUUUUGUUUUCUUUUAUGAUGUGAGGUAGGGCUGCUAAAAAUGUUUUUCACUUGCAGAUUGGCAGCGUCCACAAGUAAUUUAUGGUAUUUCACCCAUUAGCUUGGUA